GUCCUCCCUCGUCCGCUCCUUCUCUCAGCCAUGGCGGAGACGUGGAGCUGGGUGGCUUACACGGUCCUGGAGGUCCUGAUCGCCGUAGCCUGCUGCCUCGGCAACGCGCUGGUGGUGUGCGCCGUGUGCGCCGGCAUCCGGAAGGCCCUCCGAGAGCCCACGUUUUGCUUCCUGGUCUCUCUGGCGGUGGCCGAUUUCCUGGUGGGGAUGGCCGCUGUGCCCCUCGCCGUGCUAUUGGACGGCUGGGUCUGCGUGACCCCUGACCUCUGCCUGCUGCUCAGCUGCACGGUGCUGGUGUUGACCCAGGCGUCGGUGCUGUCUCUGCUAGCCAUCGCCGUGGACCGCUACCUGCGGCUGCACACCCCCCUCAGAUACAAAGAAUGGGCCACACAGAGGCGCACCCUGCUGGGCGUGUGUGUCUGCUGGCUGCUGUCCUGUCUGCUGGGGUCCGUCCCUCUCUUUGGGUGGCACAACGGCCCCUCGGAGGGCUCCGGCACCGGCAAUCAAUCCUCCACGUCCUCCCUGCCCCCACCCUGCACCUUCCUGUCGGUGGUCUCUCUCCCAUUCAUGGUCUACUUCAACUUCCUGGGAUGUGUCCUGCUGCCCCUGCUGGUCAUGACGCUCCUUUAUGCACAGAUCUUCUGGAGUCUGCAGCGCCGCCUGCAGGACAGCUCGCCCCAAACCCGAGUGUCUCUGCUCAGGGAGAGGCGGCUGGCCGGCUCCUUGGCCCUGGUGCUCUUCCUUUUUGCCGGCAGCUGGAUUCCCCUUCACCUGAUGAACUGUCUGCUGCUCUUCCAUGGGCCCCAAGCCGUCACACAGGGGGCGCUAUAUACAGGUAUCCUGCUGUCACACGCCAACUCGGCGGUCAACCCAGUGGUCUACGCCUUCCGCAUUCCCAAGAUCCAGCAAGGCUACGCUCAGAUAUGGAAGCGCUUCCUUCUGAGGCCGGACUGCUGCCACGGAGACGAGCGCGCUAAGCGGCCAGCGACGGGCGGGAGAGCCAAUCGGAUGGAGGUGUGUGGACCGGAAGGGAGGGCCGCACCCUGAAGUCACGAGAGAAAGGAAGAAUUUUGCUUGGGAGUCCAAAGGAGAAGGGUCUGUCUUGGACUGCAAGACGGGGGCAGAGAGUGUGU